GGGACAGGGAGGAGAAGGAGAGGGAGUGAGAGAGAGCCACGGAAAGAGGGGCGCACGACCCCGCCGCCGCUCCACGCAGCCCCUGUGCCCCUCCUGCUGGGACCUCGACCAGGAAGGAACCCCGACCCAGAGGAAGGCUGCGGAGACCUGGGCUGUGUGCCGUGGCCCUGGGAGUUGGCCUGGUAUACGUGCAGCACGCAGUGAUCAUUAUUCCCUGAAGCAGGCUUCGCACGUAUUGGGGAAAUGCCUUUGACCCUGUUGCAGGAUUGGUGUAGGGGGGAACAUCUGAACACCCAGAGGUCCAUGCUUAUCCUGGGGAUUCCUGAGGACUGUGGUGAGGAUGAACUUGAGGAGACUCUUCAGGAUGCUCUCGGGCACCUGGGCAGGUAUAGGGUCAUUGGCAGGAUGUUCAGGAGGGAAGAAAAUGCCCAAGCAUUUCUCUUGGAGCUUGCCCAAGAUACUGACUAUGCUUUGAUUCCCAGGGAAAUACCUGGAAAGGGAGGGCCCUGGGAAGUGGUCGUGCAACCUCGGAACUCAGAUGGGGAAUUUCUCAAUAGACUGAACCGCUUCUUAGAGGAGGAGAGGCGGACAGUGUCAGACAUGAACAGAGUGCUUGGAUCAGACACCAACUGUCCUGCUCCAAGAGUGGCCGUAUCACCUGACUUCUGGACCUGGGCCCAGGUCCUGGGGGCAGCAGUGCAGCCUCUGCUAGAACAAAUGUUGUAUAGAGAACUAAGAGUCUUUUCUGGGAACACUGUGUCCAUCCCAGGGGCGUUGGCCUUUGACGCCUGGCUUGAGCACACCACUGAGAUGCUACAGAUAUGGCAGGUACCUGAGGCCGAAAAGAGGCGGAGGCUGAUGGAAUGCUUGCGGGGCCCUGCCCUGCAGGUGGUCAGUGGACUCAGGGCCAACAAUGCCGCCAUAACGGUGGAGGAGUGCCUGGCAGCCCUGCAACAGGUAUUUGGACCUGUGGAAAGCCAUCAAAUUGCCCAUGUGAAAUUUUAUAAGGCCUAUCAGGAGGUAGGAGAGAAAGUUUCCAGCUUUGUGUUGCGUUUGGAACCCCUGCUCCAAAAAGCUGUAGAAAAAAAUGCAGUAUUGGAAAGGAAUGUGAAUCAGGCUCGCCUGAAACAAGUCUUAAGUGGGGCCACCCUUACUGAAAAACUUCGAGACAGGCUUAAGCUGCUGAAACAGCGAAGGAAACCACCUGGUUUCCUGGCGCUGGUGAAGCUCCUGCGUGAGGAGGAGGAGUGGGAGGCCACUUUCGGUCCAGAGAGGGAAAGCCUACAGGGGCUGGAUGAAGGCGUAGGGGCGCCUGAGGGAGCCAAUGCUUCCACUGCACCUGCCAACACUUUUCACGCCGGGCCUUCCCAAGGUUCCCGGCGCAGGAGGGGCAGAGGACAACACCGAAGGGGGCGUAUGCUGAGGGCCAGCUUCCAAGGCUCAAGAAAACGGAAGUACCACACAUUCUGCUAUAGCUGUGGAAAAGAUGGCCACAUCAGGGCACAGUGUAGCAAUGCUCCAAACCCGCUCCUGGCAGAGGAAACAAAAGAGCUAUUGGAAGAAGGGAAAGGGGCAGCCCACAGAAAUAACAGGGGACUUGAGUGGGGUGGAGGGGCAAAGAAGCCAUACCCAGGCUGAGCCCCUGCAUCCUCUGCCAGACGAAAACCACUCCACUCACCGAGCUACAUGGAGCUCAAUGAAGGCCAACAACAGUGCACUGAAGAGGUGCCAGACACACAACUGGGGGCUGCCACCCCAAGCACAUGGGGUGCACCAGCUGCAGGCAAAGACACCCACACAGCACAAGGUGGAGCAGGGAACUCACUCAUCAGCCCUGUCCUCUGGCCACCCUCAAAUGCCCGCCCUGCGGCGUCUGAGCAAAAGAUGCUGACCGGCCCCCACACCACAUGGGGCCUGGAGGAGCCUUCCGUAAGACCAACCCUGUCUGAAGGAGUCAUCUUAGGCAAAGAAGAGCUGCACAACAGAGAGGUAAUCCCCCAGACGGGAGGCCACAUGGUCGGGCCUGUCUUCAAGAUCAUCUAUGUACACUAUUCUAAGGGACCCCCAGGAAGGCAGCACCCUCGAGGCCCUGCACAAGUGAGAGCAGGAGAACCAAAGGCUCUGGGAGCCUGCACCAGCCUAUGAGCAUUUUCCUUCUCCUGCAGCCUGGAAAGGCUAUAGGGGAAAGGAGAGCAAAACUACGAGGAGAAGAUUUCAGCUCAGCCUGGUAGGUAGCGGUGCUGGAUACGUGGUGGGCCAGGACCCCACAGCGGGCUUUGGUAUGAAUGAGUGUGCAAGGAAACUUUGCUUCCAAAGAAGGAGAAGGAGGUGAAAGAGGAUGAGGAGAAAAUGUGUAAGAGAGGAGAAAGAAGAAGAGGUAAAGAAGGAGGAGGAAGAAAAGGUAGAGGAGAGGAGGAGGAGGAGGUAGGGCUUGGUGAUGGGAGGUUGUUCUGCUUUUGUUUAUGCAAUGCCACUGGAGACCAGGAACCUCCAGACAAGUAGGCCUGGGACUGGCCUGGUGAACCACAACUCAGCGGCUGGCAAUUCCAAGACCAGCCCUAAACCUUGCAAAAACCCCUGGAAAACGGGCUCAAGCCCAUCCCAGAGGAGCCGGGAAACGAGGACGGGGCUGGGGAGAUGAGCCCCCCCAAGUCCUCCUCCAGCAAGUAGGCUCAGAGGGCCCAGGGGCCCCCUCCCCUCCCAGGCCGCAGAGCUCUGGAGGCAGGGGGAGGCCACGCCAGGGCAGCAGCCUCACCCCACAUGGAGG